AUGACUAUCAUGUUCGGGCUGAUCAUCAGGAUAGUUGCCAAGAAGACCUUGGUCAUCUUCAGAUACUUUGGUCGUCCAAAGAGUUUCCUACUACUGCUGCCUAUAGUGUGGGCGCUGGUGGCGUUCGGGCCCACCAUCUGGUGGCUGGCAGUGGAAACCAGUAGACACCUUCUGCUGCCAUCCCCACCCACUCAGUCGCUGGAGCACUAUCGAAGAAAUAGAAGCUUGCACUAUUACUUGGAUGAUAUCCAGACCUUGAUUGAACCAUCAUUACUUCCCUGCACAACCCCAGAUGAGAUGGUGGUGUUGGUGCUGGUGGCCAGCGCCCCCCUCCGCUUCGACCACCGGCAGGCUAUCCGUAAGACCUGGGGUGCACAUCUACCUACGUACUUCGUGCUUGGUCUGCAAGGAGACAAUAUUGAUGAGCAGCUGGUAGACAACUACGUAGAAGGAAAGCAGUACAGCGACCUGAUAGUCUUCGAUUUCUAUGACCACUACCAGAAUCUGACGCUGAAGACCGCGCUUAUGAUGAAGUGGACCCUGCACUGUUGUCCUCAAGCUCAGUUCCUAUUCAAGACUGAUGAUGACGUACUGGUGAACCCCUGGACCCUUCGUAAAGUCCUGAACGAGAAUGAAGAUGCACUACUGCUGGGUUACAACAAACGGGACUCGUACCUGCACCGCGACGAGUACAAGAAGUGGUACAUUCCUCGCUGGAUGCUGCGGGAGGACCAUGUGUCGCAGUACCUUAGCGGCACUGGAUACCUCAUUAGCGGUGACUUCAUAUCAAAACUAUUGAAGAACGCCUAUGAGGUGCCGAUGGUGAACUUGGAGGACGUAUACUUCACGUACCUGGUGGCACAUCGGCGUUUAGGCUUGAAGCUGGCUCACGAGCGCCGGCUGAGCCCAUACAAACCAUGGCUGAAGGCCUCCUGCCUCUACUGGGACCUGGCUUCCGUGCACAGCAUGGAACCAGACGAGAUGGUCGCCGCGUGGAUCAAAAUAGAACAAUACGGAAAGUUGGACAAUCAUAGUGAUGUUUGUUGGUUUUAUAACACGUACUUAAGGGACUUUAGUGAAUUGGCGUUGUAUUAA